AGAGCUGCCUAUCUACAUGAGAGAGAGAGAGAGAGAGAGUGUGAGAGGGAGAGAGAAAGGCAAAUAGCAGUAGAGAGAGGGCGAGAGAUUGAGAGGGAGAAUAAGGGUGGAAUAGCCACCAGGACACCUUGAAGGUCUUCAAAACCAAACACAGUCCCAUGAGGAGCCAAGUGGAUUAGCAGGACCGCUGCUCUCCUCUGCCUCUCUCUCGUUCAACCUCUCCUCACACGGACACGAUGAGUAAAUCAGCCUCUCUGACCACCUGCAUAGCCAAGAUGUAUGAGGGGGGGAAGCUGGAUGGUUCAGGGGCUCCUGUCAUUCCAGUCAAGAAGCCCCCCAAUUCAAACAGCCUCCUGAGCACUCUGGGAGGAAUGGAGGUCAAACUGAGUCAGCUGGAAGGGAAGGUGGAGCGGAUCGCCUCCAGCCAGACUGAGGUGCUGCAGAGGCUGGAUGCCGUGUGCCAGGGCCUGGGCUCUCUGGCGAAGGAUCCGGGCCAGUUCAGGAAAGACAGAGAGCCAGAAAGGGACAGGGCGUCUCAAGGGGGAGACCACAACAAAGGCUCUGCUGGAGGAGACCCUGCCUUGUUUUCGGAGGUCAGGGCCUUGUGUGGGGAGACUGUGGCCAUGCUCAAGAGUCUCCAGCAGGACGGUAGGUGGCAGAGAGAGAAAAUGGAGGGAAUUGAGUGCUCGGUCUCGGCCGUGGACAAGAUGCUAGGAUACGUUGGGGAGGUGUUCAGAAGCUCCAAGGUGGUGGAGUUCAUCUUGAAAGGCGUUGUUCCCUGGAGACUGAAAGGGCUGCUAGGCAGCACUGAGGAACAGAAAAGGGACAAAUCAGAGGAGAGCAAUGCCAAGCCCAAAGCCUGCGUCUGUGACCAGGAAACCCAGGUGGAGGAGCAGGGGUUGGGUCCUGAAGAGGAGGUGAAAGCUCCAGACCCAGUCCCACCAGGCCACUCGGAGUCUCCAAAGAACAAGGCUGAGCUCCCCGCCAAGCACGAGAAGGCCCUGUGCCCCACUACCGGUGAGGAUGGGGUCAGCAGAGGUCCUCGCAAGCCCAAGGAAGUCACCCUCAGGAGCAGAGAGGCCAGCCGGGUCCAGACCUUUGCCCCUGAAAGCCAGGAGGGGCUUGCUGGGACUCAGGGGCCGGAGGAGGCUGCUGCUGUGGAGGAGGAGCUGGACAGAGCCCCAGAACUGACAGAGAGAUCUGUGGUUGCUGAGGGGGUUGCCAUGGAGACGGAGGUUCCCAAAGCACCAGAGGCUGCAGUGUCACCGCAGCCCUCCAGCCCCCCUGAGGAGCCAGAGCCAGAGAAAGCCCCUGACACUGCCCCCCUCCCUCCCAGGCCAGAGGACAUGGUUCCCAGCCCCAGCCAAGACUCCACCAUGACUCCACCAGACUCCACCAUGACUCCACCAGACUCCACCAUGGCAGCUGGACCAGAGAACAGCCAGGACUGCAGUGAGACAAAAGUCUGUGUGGAUGUAGAGUUCAAACCAGAGACUGGGCCAGUGCCUGUUAGCCCUAAGGUCCAGUCAAAGCCUAAAGAGCUGGUGGAGGCUCAGUCCAUGGCUGGGACUGAGGCUGAAUGUGUGAAGCCAAGCCCUGAGGUAGCAUUUUCCCUGCAGGGUAGAAUGUCCACAGGAAACAGCCUAGAGCCUGCCCUUGAAUCACAGUUUGUGGUUGUUGAUGACUGCCCUCCUCUCCCUGCUCCUUUUGAACACCGUAUCGUGAGUGCCAAGCAGGUCCCAAUGGGCUCCUACUACGCUGUGAAGCCCAAUGAGGUCCUGGGAGGAGGCCGUUUUGGUCAAGUCCACAAGUGUGCAGAGCUGUCGUCAGGACUGACUUUGGCUGCAAAGAUUAUAAAAGUCAAAGGAAUGAGGGAGAGGGAUGAAGUGAAAAAUGAAAUCGGGGUAAUGAACCAACUGAACCAUGUGAAUUUGAUUCAACUUUAUGACGCCUUUGAAUCCAGGACGAAUCUUACACUAAUCAUGGAGUAUGUGGAAGGUGGCGAGCUGUUUGACCGCAUCGUUGACGAGAGCUACCAGUUGACGGAGCUGGAUGCCAUAGUGUUUACCAGACAGAUCUGUGAAGGAGUGCAGUACCUCCAUCAGCAAUACAUCCUCCAUUUGGACCUCAAGCCAGAGAACAUCCUGUGUGUCAGCUCAACAGGAAACCAGAUCAAAAUCAUAGACUUUGGUCUGGCCAGAAAGUACAGGCCCAGGGAGAAGCUUAAGGUGAAUUUUGGCACUCCGGAAUUCUUGGCUCCCGAGGUUGUAAAUUACGACUUUGUCUCCUUCCCGACAGACAUGUGGAGCGUGGGAGUCAUAACAUACAUGCUACUGAGUGGCCUCUCUCCAUUCCUGGGUGAUAACGACACAGAGACCAUGAACAACAUUCUUCAUGCCAACUGGGAUUUCGACUCGGAGGCCUUCGAGAACGUUUCUGAGGAGGCUAAGGAUUUCAUCUCCAGACUGCUCAUCCCAUCCAAAUGCAGUCGGUUGAGUGCCUCUGGGUGUAUGAAACAUAGCUGGUUGAAUAACCUAGAAGAGAAAGCUAAGCUCCACAGCGUACGGCUCAAGUCCCAAGUCAAGCUUCAGCGCUACCUGACAGUUCAUCGUCAGUGGAAGAAGCACUUUUAUGUGGUUGCAGCAGCCAAUCGUCUGAAGAGGUUUCACCAGAAUCGCACCUUCAACCCAGCGUAACAACUCUGUCAGGCUGGCCCUCACCUGGCUGUGAGGACAUCCCUCCUUCGCAUCCACGGCUGCCUGCCUGGACAGCAUCCAUAGGACUACCGUUAGUGAGGAGAAACUCACAGGGUUUUUCAUGUAGAAAUGUAUUGAGAUCAAGCCACCCCACCCCAUCUUGUAGCGCAAAGUACAAGUUUGGGUUGAAACUGUGCGCCCCUAACCCUUCACCUAUUACCUAGAGGUCUGUCUGGGAGGCUGAUCCAUCUGGAUCAGAGACUCUUUUGCUUUGGCAGACGUGGACUUAUUAUACAGAUUACAGUAUGUUGUUCUCAAUUCAUCUUUACAGUGCAGCUACAGUGUUGUUCUGGAUAGUUGAAAUAUGUUCCUUCCUACUCUUCAUUUGAAAUAUUAUUUAUGUGCUGAUCGAAGACAAACCUUUGGUAUGUACUGUAUGUUUAAAGUGGAGCUUUGCUGAUGAAUGUUUUCUUUGAUACUAUAUAUUGAAAUCAAUGGCACAUUAGUCACAUGACCUACUAGAUGGUACACAAUAGACCAGUUGUAUAACUUGUCAAAUUUGACAAUUAUAUAUUACCUUCUGUGAAGGCUUAUGGAGCAAUGAGGCCCAGAUAUAACAAGCAUUUAAUCAACAGUGAAUAAAAGCAUGUUACAAAUAACAAGAGCUACACUAUCUGGGUUGAUACCCAUCAUCACCAACAUUAUAACUGAUUAUUUCCAUUAUAAAGACAGUAAACAACAAAAAAGUAAAUUUGGGCCCAAAGUGACUAUAAGCUUGCAUAUUUCUCCACAAUAACCUGAUAUUAUGUCCCUGCGAAUGUGUAGCCCAACCUCCUCCUCCAAUAAUUUGUGAAUUUACAAGGAACAAAAAGGAAAUAAUUUAUUAAAACGUUGA